ACUAACCCUUCAGAUAUCUUCACAACCCCAACAAACCUUCUCUCCUAAUCAACUUCUUGCUGGUAUAAACCCAUACUUGUAUUCAGCCCCACAAGUGGUCUCUAUUUGAGAUCAGAUUUUUAAUGGAACUACACCUUUGAAGUUUUAGCCACAAGGUGAAGGGAACUUGGGUUUUCUUCCUAAUGGAGAGUAAGAAUAUAUCAUCUGACGUAAACGAUCUUCGUUCACCUUCCAACUAUAAUGAAUUUCUCUUGCGGCACAGCUUGCUCUUUGCCGAUGGUCUCAAGGACUUGAGAAAUGUAAAAGAACAGUUGUACUUGGCUGCCGAGCAUUUUGAAGAUUCGUAUUACAAGAAUGAUCAAAAACAAAUAUUGUUAGAAAGCUUAAAGGACUAUAUCUCCAAAUCUCUCAUUAAAACCGUCGACCAUUUGGGCUCUGUGACGGAUAAAGUUAACAAGUUCUUAUAUGAAUAUGUCAAUGAAACUUCUAGAACAAAGCUUCGAGUGUUACGCUUUGAGCAGAGCUUACGAACAUGUCAAGCAUAUGCUGACCACGGUGGGCUAAUACACCAAUCGCUGAUGAUGGAGACACCCAAGUACCGUAAGAAGUAUCUUCUCCCAGAGGGUUGCAUAUCUGAAGAUGUUAAGGCAAAACAAGUAAAGGGCCGGUCCUCAGGUUUAAGAAAUGGGUAUUCUGGACAAGCUUCCACUGAGUUGCCAUCGGGUCUGAUUACCUUUUCCUUUACAAAAUCUGCAUCACGAAAGGGAGUAGAAAAGCGAUCAAGAUCAAUUUCACCGCUUCGCUUCCCGGUUAAGCGCUCAGAGUCUGCUGCUAAUCAACCUACUUGUCCAAGCUUUCCCAUCAAGCUUUCUCCAUCUUUUAUUCAUCGAUCCAUCAGUCCAAACUCAUCCAGUAGCAGACAGCAACAACCAUCAGAGGCUUGGAGAUCUCAUUCCUUGUAUCCACAAAGAGAGAGCACAAAAGAUAUAGAAGCCUACUCUAAGAAAACCAAAAACCUUUUCAAAGCUUUGCUUAGCAUGAAGAAGUCAGAGAAUAAUUUCAGACAGUACAGAUAGCCAGAGAAAAGUGGUUGCAGCCUACUGGUAAUGUCAUUGCAUGUCACAUUACAGGUUGCAAGUUCGAAUCCCUUUGGCUAAGAGAUUGCUCUGCAAGGUUUUUUCUUGAAGUAGAAAAUAUUUUUUAUAUAUUAUCAUGUAAAGCACAUCGCUGUUAUUGAAUGCUUAUCAAUAUCCUAGAAAUUGCAGAGGUUAAGGCCACAUAGCUACAAGUGUUUACUUUGUACGCAGUAAGCCAUCUAAUAAAGCAAUUACUAUCUUUUAGGCUAGUUGUAAA